GCAAUCGUACAACUGAGCACUGACGAUCGGAGAUAAGAUUGAGACAAACUGCAAAAUUUCUUUCGGCGAACAAAGGUUGUGUGAGAACCAGAUACCGGCCAGAAGUGAUGAGAAAUAGUUGAACCAGUUGAGUGCACUGGAAGGAGUAUUGCGAAGGGUUUAGAUAAUUGCCGAUCUACAGCACCAUUUGAGAGAAACUGAAUCAAACUCUGACCAUUUUCAAAUUGCUUUAGCUCACAGGAUUGGAAAUAGCAUCUGCACCAGGAAUGGCGACCUCUUCACCCUCACCACUGGCAAGCUCUGUGGAGAAGACAAACGGAGCCAAGCUCAGCAGACUUCUUAUUGAUGGCGGGACAACGGUUCUGAGGAACGUUUUUGAUCGUUAUCACGCGCCGACAAGCCUUGCUUCUAAUCUCAAUUCUCACUUUAAAACUCUUUGUACUCUUUUGCGAAGAAAUAUCCUAAAAAGGCCGCAAUGGGAAAAACUCUUCCCACCGUCAGGGGCUGCUCCAGACUCCAGAUUAUUUGACAUUACUUUGUUAUUCCUUCUUCUAACUGAGAUUUGUGGUCUAGCCCCUCCAUCCUCGGGGUGGCAUUCUAAGCCACCCUCAAGUGAUAAUUCCUUUGAAGCAAACCUUGUUCGCAUCAAGUUUUACCGCAAUGAGUUGUAUGGUCAUGUCAAAUCUACCAGUGUUGAUGAGUCAACUUUUAACAACCUUUGGCAGGAGAUAAGUUCUGUUCUCGUUGCUCUUGGACUGAAUAAUGCGGAGAUAGAUAGAUUGAAAGAUGAACAAUGUGGAGAGCAAGAGUAUAUUGAUGCACUUCUACACUGGGCCGACAGUGAAGAGGAUGUCAAAUCACAGCUAGGAGACAUCAGACGUAACCAGAUCGAAACCCAAGGGAUCUUGUCAAAGGUAGUUCAGACCCAACACGAUUGCGGCAAAGUGCUUGAGGAAAACAAGUCAAAACUACAUGAACUGGAAGAAAGCCAAGCUAAAACUUGUGAAGUUGUCCAAGAAAGACACGAAACAUUAAAAACAGAUUUUCAAGAAUUCAAGCGGCAGCUGGAGCAGUUAGAAAAAAAGCAACAGAGAGAAAGAUCGGAUGAAAUUCUUAAGAAUCUAAUGAAAGCAGAGUUUAAAGGAGAAAUCGAACAUCAUGCAGAAAAAUUCCAAGAAGGUACACGCGAGUGGAUCUUUAGGCAAGUCGAAGAAUGGCUAGACGAAAGAAAUUGCCCAAACCGAGUAAUGGUUCUCAGUGGAAAUGCUGGAAUGGGAAAGUCCGUGAUAUCUGCCGUCCUUUGCAAACGAAUGCAGGAAAUGGGGCGCCUGUCAGGGAGCCACUUUUGUCAACAUAACAAUGUGCGCUACAGAAAACCUCAACUGAUGCUUCAAUCUUUAGCUUUUCAUUUGACUCAUACUCUACCAGAAUACAAAGAAGCCCUCGUGAACCAGCUAUCAAGAAAUCUGGGGCUGGAGCUCAACACCAUGGGCGUUGAGGAAUUAUUUUCACUGCUUUUCAGAGAGCCUCUAAGUAAUGUCAGUGAUCCCGAAAGCAGCAUCCUGAUUGUAAUAGAUGGUCUGGAUGAAAGUGAAUAUCAGGGACGCAAUGAACUGCUCAAUAUGGUCGCCAAACAGUUUUGUAAGCUGCCAAGAUGGAUUCGUUUUUUUGUUACAACUCGACCUGAGAUAAACAUUUCAGACAGCCUGAAACAUCUAGAGCCCAUCCAGAUUGACGAAAACCAGGAAGAAAACUCAAGAGACAUUAAGCAUUUCUUUCAAAUGAGUCUAGGGUUUCAAAUCGAGGAGGAGCGUAAAGUGGCUUUUUUAAAGAAACUGGUUGAUAAAUCAGAAGGCGUCUUUCUCUAUGCUUAUUUCCUUGUGAAUUUUAUGAAUGAGAACGCUUCUGUUUUAACUCUGGAUCAGCUGGAAAGUAUUUUACCGUUAGGCAUUGCAUCUGUUUAUCUCUCCAAUUUUAAGCGGUUAGAGAAUGACCUUUGUAAAGAGCUAAAGAUAGAAGAGGAGGAAGUCUUGCGAUUUGUGUCUGCAUUAAGUGCUUCCAGAGAACCCCUACCGAUUGAAUUUGCUUCAAGAAUCUUAGUCCCCGGAGACAUUUCUUUGGUUGUUCGGCGACGAGUUGUCAAGGCAAUUGCAUGCGUAUCCAGCCUUCUCCCAGUUCGGGAUGGUCGCCUUCACUUCUUUCACAAGUCGAUAAAGGACUGGUUGACCAGUACACCAGGCUAUGGUGAACAUGAUUUCACUGUGGAUGAGAGGGUAGGUCACGCGAUCCUCUUCCGACUUUGUUCAACUGAGCUGGAGUGUCUCAAGCAAAAAGGGCUUUUUAAUCUUAAAUUUAGCAAAAUGGAGGAGUACGCAUUGCAACAUUGUAUCCAGCACACGAUUGACUCGAAGGAAUUGAGUGAGAUGUCAGCGUCGUGCAAAUUGGAAGAGUUUAUCAAUAGUUACGUUAUUGAUCUUGGGAUCAUUUAUGCCAAAUUUUGUGUCAAUACGGUGACUCCGACCACUGAUCUUUUAGCUGUUAGGAAACACUUUCAAAGAACUGUGCUCGACGAAAGGAGCUGUUUCCUUCUAGAUGCUCUGUGGAAAGUGCUCAAGAAACACCUGUACAUUCUGAAAGACCACCCUCAUCUUUUGUUUCAAUGUAUUGUUAAUGGAGGAUGUCCAAAAGAGCUGACCUCAAGAGCAGAACAGAUUCUUGAAAGUGAGAAAACAAUUCCAUACAUGAAAUUGUUGUUCGAAGAAGAUGAAGAAGAAAGAAGUGAUGCAGAUCAAACCAGAUUUCAGUGUUCCGACAAAGUGGUAUGUUUUGACGUGUCACCUGAAAAGGACUACAUGGUUUGCGAGUGUCGAGACGGAGAAAUUUACUUGUGGAGUCUAGAAACGGGUAAUCUACUGUGGAUUCGCCGCGCUCUGAGAUUAAAAGAUUUUUAUUUUGGUAGGCCUUUUGAUUGUGGUUAUCGUCAGGUCGGAAGAUGUUUAUCUUUCUUCAACUCUGUUGUUUUUCAUCCAAAUGGCUCAUGGAUAUUACCUGGCACCCUGGCAAAUGUAUACGAUCUUAGAGGAGACAAGAUUGAUCUUUUCCCCAACACCAAAUGUACAUUCUCGCAUUGUGUUUUCUCUGAAGACAAGACAAUUAUGGUCACAGAUUGCCCAGAGGAGCCAAAGCAAAUUGCAGUAUGGAGUAUGCAGAAUGGUGACGAAGUAAACCGUAUUGAGUGGACAGAACCCAUUGCAUCUUUCACUAUUUCUCCUGAUGGAAGGCUAAUUGCCAUCUCUAGUUAUGACGGACCUUGUAGCACUGGCUCUAUUUAUAUUAUUGAUGCUGAGAAUCGCCGUCGCUUGGAUUUGAUCAAGCCAUUCAAUGAUUUCGAUGUGUGUGGAUUGAUGCAUUUUACGUCUGAUAGUACCACCCUUGCCUGUGGUCUCAUUUCUUUGAACUCGGCGAUCCUCGAAAUUUCUUGGGAGUUUAUGUUCACUAGAAGACCACGGUUUUACCUUUUGACUUUAACUGGUUUAGUUGAUCAGUCUACUUCAUCAGAAAGUAAUGAAAUUGCAUGUAAAUCGGGAACAUUCGUGUUGUGGCCUACAGAAUCCCAUUUAACGAGGGAAGAUGACUAUCUGGAGCAGAAACUGACUUCUUGCUGGGUACGAGGUUUGCCUAAGGUUUUUCCGUUCCUUCUGACAGGAACGUACAUUAGGCUUACUGAUAACAUAGUUUUGAUUGGAAGCCCAAGUUAUAACUAUCUGGCGACAGUUAACACUAAUGUACUAGAUAAUGCGGCAAUUCCUUGUUCGUACGACGGUGAGCUUAGUGAGUUUGAUUUGUCAAAUCGUGAUGGGAGGGUCAUGAAAGUCGAAAUGUCAGUUGCAGGUGAUGCCAUUUAUUCCAUCAUUUUACCUUAUUGGAAACCCCACCUUACUCAAGUAACUGUGUUCAGAAUGACAAGUUUGAAAAUCCUAGCCAAAAAGAUAUUCCCGCGAAUGGUUUCUCUCAUUCCUAUGAAAGACGGCAUCAUAAUAAGUCUCGAAGAAAGGAAGCCAGAGCUGUGGAACUUUGAGUUGUCUGAGUUCAUUCGUUUUCUUCCAACACUAACAGGCAAUGAAGAGCUUGUUCCCAUCUCACAAGAAGUAGUGGCAUGUCGAAGAAAACAAAAUAUUGUAGCGUUAAACUACUCAUGUCGAUCUUCCAUUGAUAUUUUAGAACUAGACGAUCGCUCAGCAUCUUCCAUACCAUUUCCCUUUUCUCUUUUUGAAAGUAGGACGGACAUUUUUUAUUCGGAAAACAAGGAUUACCAUUGUGAGGUUGGUUUAGAACCGAUGGUUUUGAGAUUUCUGAAUGUGUCCAAUGGAGAACUUGCUUCUUCUUUCACGAUUUUGGGUCCCGGAGAUGCAUAUAUAGAUGCAGUCUCGUUUAACAGCCAGGGCCAGAUUUUAGUCUGUACCUUCGAGACCAUUCCUGCUGAACACACAUUUUGGGAAGACGAGUUGAUCACUGCCACUUUUUGGAACUACGACACUAUCGUGUGGAGGAAAAGCACGGUGUGUCGUGACCAAUUACCACGGCCACAAUUCGUAUUUUCACCAAGAGACGACGUUGUUGCUUCGUGGAACUUUCUUGAGGGGGGUUUUGGCCUACACAUUCUUGACGCAGAUUUUGGAGAAAUAACAAAAACUUUUUUGAAAGACCGCUGUGACAUUGCUGACUCCAAGUUUGUUAACGAGGAAUCUCUACUGGUAUGCUUCGUCCAUGAUACCUUUCUUCGAUUGUUUAAUGUUAGAACAGGGAACCUUGUGAGUGUGCUGGAUCUCGGAGAACGGCCUGUCUGCAUAGGAGCAUGCGUGGAGAGUUCACUCGUAGCCAUUGGUUUGGAGAACAGAAUGAAAUUCCUUCAUUUUAGGUUACCAAAGAGGGAAGUAGCAACAAAGAAGAAAAGUGAGAAAUGUUGAACUAAAACUGUUUUGGCGUAAUUUGUGUUUGCUUUAAUCUAUCAGAGACACCCCUGACAUGCACCACGUUGUACCGACUAGAUAAUAUGUUGGAUGGUUUGAAAGGUUGACCGCAAUAAUGGGGAAACGACAAGUAGUUGUGUUAUCAAUUUUUUGGAGGAAAUUUAUCACAGUUUCUUUGUUGCUUCAGGUACAUCUGACGAAAACAACUGAAUCCGCUACCUUUUGGCAACGUAAGAAUAACUUGAUGAUCCAGUGAUUAUUAAAUACGCUUGUAGUUAUCUCGUAAGAAGAGGAGAAGCACCUAUGGAUUUUACAAUGAAACCUUGGAACCAGUAUCAUAACGAAAAGCACGAAAAACUUCAGUUCUGUUAUCGUCACAGAAAGCGUUUUAUCUUCUGCCGUCGCGGCUACAAAACUCGUUUGAAGAGAAAAACCUGGUACACUAAAUCUACUAUGUAUCCCUAAGGUUGGAAAACCGAUUAUUGUAAACUUUGAAUUUAAAAAAAAUCGUGGAAAGGACAGCGGAACUAAACAGAUUAAUGAGACAUUUUUUAAGCCGAAGAUAACUGAGGAUUUAAACAAAAGUCUCAGAUGAAAUCGUGCAUGAAGGGCUACAUUUUGCAUCCCCAUUCCAAGUGAAGAACCUCGAGGAAAAAGACAAUCAAGUUUACAACCGUAAAAUUCCUUUGUUUCCGCGCAGAAGCUUAGGGCCAGGACGCACUUCAGUCAACAAAGUGGUAAAAAAAUUGCUUGCGCAACAAUAUUCGAAAAUUUUAAACCGUGAAAGGAAGUGCCAAAAUCUGAGAACAUUUUUUAGGGUCGCAGUACCAUUAUACAAAACACUGAUCAGAUUUCAAAUCUCCUGCGUAUGUUUUGACAAAUGUGUAAUAAAUAUGAAUCCCAAUCAGGCCUUUUUAUCACUUUUGCCGUUUUGAUACUAAAAAUUAUCAACA